AAAUUUGCCUCUUCUGCUUCUUAGUUCAUCUGCAAAAAUUACAACAAUCUUGAAAUUUUCUUCUAAUGGCAUCUCUCUUUUAAAUAGCGAUCCCAUGCCAAGUUUCUCUAUUCUCAACAGAAACUCCGAAACCCCUCAAUGCCCAGAUAUGAGAAAGGAUUGAAAACUUUGUUUCUUGUGGUUGUUUGUUGCAUAGAAGUUGUAGCUGUAGUUCAAUUGGAAGCAGUAACUAAAGAUGGUGGUGGCAUCUGGGAGUAAUCCUUUUGCCAAGGAGAUGGCCGUGAGAAGACGUAUUGGCAACAUAUUCAAUAAAAGAGAAGAAGACUUUCCUUCGUUGAAGGAUUAUAAUGAUUAUUUGGAAGAAGUGGAGGAUAUGAUUGAAAAUAUACUUGAAGGAAACGAUCUUCCUGCUAUUGAAGCAAAGAUUGCCGAGUAUCAAAGAGAAAAUGCGGAACAAAUUAUGAUUGCUCAAGCACGCAAGGCCGAAGAAGAUGCUGCUCUUCUUGCAGCAAGCAGGGGACAGAUUGCCCAAACCGACAAUGAUACGGUAACUAACCAAAGCUCACAAGUAGGCACAACUACAGGACAAUAUGCUCCUGCUAUUGCUGGUGGACUGAUUGGGCAACCGCGUCCAACAGGCAUGGCUCCCCAACCCGUUCCUCUUGGAUCUGGUCAUGACAUUUCCAUGUAUGACUAUGAAGAUGAAGAGAAAAUGAGACAACGAGCAGGAAAAGCAGCUAGGGCUGGUGGAUGGAGUAUAGAGUUCAGCAAGAAAAGAGCUCUUGAGGAAGCCUUUGGUAGUAUUUGCUUAUGAUCUUUCAGUCUUUAGCUUUUUAGUGAGCAAGCACAAUUUUGUCAACCUUAUGUAAUAUUAAAAGAAGGCAAAUAUUGAAGCAAUAGAUGCAGGUGAAACCUUAAGUUUUGUAAAAGCCCCAAUUAUUGUGUUUCUUCUGACAACACAGAAAAGAAGUUGUGGUUACGGCCUAGUAGACAAUUGAAGUUUGCAUCAAAGCUAUCCCAGUUUAGAACUUCAGCCAUGAAAGAACACAAUCAUCUGAACAACAAGAAGCUAAUUCUGAAACAAGAACAUUUGAUAUUCCGGCCAUGUUUCAUACUCACAGGGCAAAAGUUGAAAAGUUUGUAUCAGAAUGUCCAAAUUUGUUUACACUAUUGCUCGAUUUUAUCAGUCUCAAAUUGUAAUGUUAAAAAUAUUUAAGGAUUUAACUAGUCAUGUUGGAGUCCAUUUUGUUACUCCCUCUCCUCUGUCC